UGAGAUUGCCUUGUCUUUAACAGGCACUCCUGUUACCACCUAUAAAGGGGAGAGGUCCUUUGGCCUCACGUGUCGGCACAAGAUGGCGGACCUGAGUAUGAAGAAGAUCCGCAGAAACCUGGAGAAGAAAAAUGCGAAGAUUAAAAAGAUCAAUUUAGCGGUGGAGACCACAGCAGAGAUCCAACAAGAUGAAGUUAAAAGUGAAAUGCUCCAAGAAAAUGGAGUUGAACAAAGAAAAACAAUAAAAAAGUUGAAGGAAAAACAAGGAAUUAUUAAUCAGAGUGAAGUAACAAAAUGUGUAUCAGAAGUAAAAAAGAAGAAAAAGAAAAGAAAGCUUUCCACUGUCUUUCAGGAAACUGAUGCAAAAAAAACCAAGAAUACAGAAGAGGAGAUGAAGGAGCUGGAGAUGAACAACAAUAAAGAGUUAGAAGUAAACUUAAAGCAAAAAUGCAUAGAAAGUGAAGAACAAUCUGAAGAUGAUGGAGAGCCAACAUUACCUUUGGGACAGACUGGAGCUUUUGAGGACACAAGCUUCUCUUCCUUGACUGCUCUGGUUAGUGAGCAUACGUUGAGGGCUAUUGCUGAAAUGGGGUUUACUCAUAUGACAGAAAUUCAACAUAAAAGUAUCAGACCUCUACUGGAAGGCAGGGAUAUUUUGGCAGCUGCCAAGACGGGCAGUGGAAAGACUCUGGCAUUUCUUAUUCCUGCCAUUGAGCUGAUAUACAAACUGAAGUUCAUGCCUAGAAAUGGCACUGGGGUCCUUAUUCUUUCACCAACUCGUGAAUUAGCCAUGCAGUCUUAUGGUGUUCUAAAAGAACUAAUGACACAUCAUGUUCAUACUUACGGUUUGGUCAUGGGUGGCAGUAAUCGGACUGCAGAAGCACAGAAAUUGGCAAAUGGAAUGAAUAUCUUGGUAGCAACGCCAGGCAGACUUCUAGAUCACAUGCAGAACACACCAGGAUUUAUGUUCAAGAACCUGCAGUGUCUGAUAAUUGAUGAAGCUGAUCGUAUUCUGGAAGUCGGAUUUGAAGAGGAAAUGAAACAAAUCAUCAGAAUAUUACCAAAACGCCGACAGACGCUGCUUUUCUCUGCUACACAAACCCGUAAAGUGGAAGAUUUGGCCAAAAUCUCACUAAAGAGGGAACCAUUAUAUGUGGGUGUUGAUGACAACAAAGAAACGGCAACAGUUGAUGGUCUUGAACAGGGUUACGUCGUGUGCCCAUCUGAGAAAAGAUUCCUCUUGCUCUUCACCUUCCUGAAAAAGAACCGUAAAAAGAAGCUCAUGGUCUUUUUCUCUUCGUGUAUGUCUGUAAAGUACCAUUACGAACUUCUGAACUACAUUGACUUACCUGUUAUGGCAAUUCACGGAAAGCAGAAGCAGACAAAACGUACAGCCACCUUCUUUCAGUUCUGUAAUGCAGACUCGGGUAUAUUGCUGUGCACAGAUGUUGCAGCCAGAGGCCUGGAUAUUCCUGAGGUGGACUGGAUCGUACAGUAUGAUCCUCCCGAUGAUCCAAAGGAAUAUAUCCACCGAGUAGGUAGGACAGCCCGAGGAAUUGAUGGAAAGGGACAUGCUUUGCUUAUCCUAAGACCAGAAGAACUGGGCUUCCUCCGUUAUCUCAAACAGGCUAAGGUACCUCUGAAUGAAUUUGACUUUUCCUGGAGCAAAGUUUCAGACAUACAGUCUCAGCUGGAAAAGUUGAUCGAGAAAAAUUACUACCUACACAAGUCUGGACAGGAAGCUUAUAAGUCUUAUGUCCGUGCCUACGAUUCUCAUUCCCUCAAACAGAUCUACAGUGUCAGGACCCUGGAUCUGCCCAAAGUGGCAAUUUCAUUUGGGUUCAAAGUACCACCAUAUGUUGAUCUAAAUAUAAAUGCCAGCAGAGGAAAUAAACUACAGAAGAGAGGUGGUGGAGGUGGAUUUGGUUAUCAGAAGUUCAAAAAUGUCCGCAAAGCAAAGAUCUUCAAACAAGUUGGUAGAAACAAAGUGGACAACAGACAGUUUUCUCGUUAAUGAGACAGAACUGAUCAUUCAAUGCUGUAAUGAUGACAUUUUUAUUUUUUAAACUAAACAUUUGUUUCCAGUGGACCACACCUCCCAUUUGCUUUAGUUCAGCCAGUUGUGGAAACGUUUUCAUCUGAAAGAAUGUCCUCAUUUUUUUUGGUUAGCUGAAGAUCUGAUCGUAAACUUACCACAUGCAUGAUGUCCUCUAAACCAACUGAUCCUCUAACUGAUGUAGAGCUAUUUUUUACAAAUUUUCUUGACACGUUUUGAAUGAACUCAAGAGCAUCUUUAUGUGUGAAUCCUUCAAUUGACAUACCCAUUAAAUACAGUACAAUUUUGUAUUGCUUUUUUGACUACUUUUCUAGAAAUAUUUAACUGGUCCAUAAUUAUUACAUUUGUUGUAUCCAUUAAUAAAGAAUCUUGGUAUAUGCAUAAA